GGAAGUACCGCCCGCAGCAGCUCGGCCCGCUGUGCUGAAGAUGGCCCAUCUGGAGCGAAUAUCGAGCGGAUUCUGAUGAAUUUGGAUGAUGGCUCUGCGGUCUUCUCCCCGGUUUAUCUGAUAACAGUACAUUUUCUACCUGCCGCAUCGCGACACGCCGCCAGGCUGCCUUUGCGCCUACAGUCAUUUUAAGAAGACUGACCAUUCCUGGCAUGUUUACAGACAUCAUGGACUACGAGCUGGAGGAAGAUAAACUUGGGAUCCCCAUUGUUCCUGGCACAGUGACCUUGAAGAAAGAUGCACAGAACCUGAUUGGGAUCAGUAUAGGGGGAGGCGCACAGUACUGUCCCUGUCUCUAUAUUGUACAGGUGUUUGAUAACACACCGGCAGCGCUGGAAGGAACACUGGCAGCAGGAGAUGAGAUCACAGGUGUGAAUGGAAAAACAGUGAAGGGCAAGACUAAAGUGGAAGUGGCCAAGAUGAUCCAGGCUGUGCAGGGUGAAGCUGUGAUUCACUAUAAUAAGCUGCAGGCUGACCCUAAGCAGGGCAAGUCUCUGGAUAUAGUGCUGAAGAAGGUGAAGCAUCGUCUGGUGGAGAACAUGAGCUCAGGAACCGCAGACGCACUUGGACUUAGCAGAGCCAUUCUCUGCAACGAUGGGCUUGUAAAGAGACUGGAAGAACUAGAAAAAACUGCAGAACUUUACAAAGGGUUGAUGGAGCACAGUAAGAGGUUGCUCAGAGCUUUCUUUGAACUGUCACAGACUCACAGAGCUUUUGGGGACGUGUUCUCAGUCAUUGGAGUAAGAGAGCCGCAGGCUGCGGCGAGCGAGGCCUUUGUCAAAUUCGCAGAAGCUCAUCGUAACAUUGAGAAAUAUGGCAUUCAGCUCCUCAAGACCAUAAAACCUAUGCUGCAUGAUUUAAACACCUACCUGCAUAAGGCCAUUCCUGACACCAGGCUGACCAUCCGCAAAUACUUGGAUGUCAAGUUUGAGUAUCUGUCAUAUUGUCUGAAGGUAAAGGAGAUGGAUGAUGAGGAGUACAGCUGCAUCGCUUUGGGUGAGCCUCUAUACAGAGUGAGCACAGGAAACUAUGAGUACCGGCUUAUCUUGCGCUGUCGGCAGGAGGCUCGCUCACGCUUUGCCAAAAUGCGCAAAGAUGUCCUGGAGAAGAUUGAGCUGCUGGACCAGAAGCAUGUUCAGGACAUCGUGUUCCAGCUUCAGAGGUUUGUGUCUGGGAUGUCCCGUUACUAUGACGAGUGUUACGCCGUGCUGAAGGAGGCAGAUGUGUUCCCAAUUGAGGUAGACCUGUCCCGCACCAUGAUCAACUACAGCAGCCAGAGCCAGUCCUACGAGGAUGAUGAGGAAGAGGAGGAGGAAGAGAGGGAAAAGGGGGAGGGAGGCGGCUCCGCGGGUCAAGCUGAGAACGGGGCUGAGAAACUGAUAGAUGAUGAAUGAGUGAAGGAAAGAACUGGACAGUGGCUGAGAAUGAAGUGGAGAAACCGAUGAAUAAACCUGUCCUACAGAGUGAAUGAGUGAAUUAACAGCUGAGUCAGUGAGUAAGUGUAUCUCAGUGAAUGAAUGGUGUAUAUUGUUGUGGAGGGAAGUGCUUGAGUGAAUGUGGAAAACAACACUGUUGUUCCAAAGAGAUACAGUCGUCUUUAUUUGUACUCCUUUGGUAAAAUCACAGCAGAUCUUUUAUUUUCCAUUAGUGUAGUUACUUGGUUCUUUGGAGCAUGUUAUAUUUAAAACUUUACCUCAUAAAAUCAACUCCCAAGGGACUAUCUUAGAUUUUCACUAUACAUAUUUAACUUCUCUGAGCAUCUUUCUUCAAUCUGUUUUGGAGUUGGAUUUGAGUUGGAUUCAUCUCCCUUGGGCCAAACAAAGUUAAAAAUGAAUUUAUGCAAUAGAUUCUAUAGAAGAGUGAACAUAUUUUGAUAAUAUUGCCCAUUAAGUACAAAUCAAGAGUGAGUGAGUGUGUAUGACUGAACAGUUGAGGAUGUUCUUAGUGGUUUGGGUGCCUUCAGUCCCAGAUUUCACUGCAUUACAUAUUCACGGGAAACCACAGUAGUGAGUUCACCCUUUGUUAGCUGAUCAUGUUUGACAGUCAUUGUUUGCAUGGUUAUCUGAAAUCAUUGGUAAUUGACAUUUCUUUUUGUUGCUGAAUUCAGAAAUUGAUUUUUUCAUUGAAAGAUGGACCCGUUCUUUGCACACACUACGCAGAUAGCGGUGCACUCUGGACCAGACCAGUGGUUUUACAUUUCACAAACACUUUCAGUUCCAAAAUUUUUGUUCAGUUUUACCGGUUACGUUUUUGUUUUCUUUGGAAGUGAAACGUUUUAAUUCCGUUUCUGUGGUUUCUCUGCUCACUGUGGUAGAGUAGCUGUCUACAACAGGCUUGCACUAUCCAACUCCUGGACAUCUGCUGGCCCAAAGAGUUUAUUUCCAAUAACUAAUGAAGUAUGUAGCUAAGUAUGUUCGGUUCAGGCUGGAGUUCAUGUUAAAGUCUGGUUACAUUUUGUAGGAAGGCUUUUUGGAUAAACGGCAGUGAUCUUGUAAACUGAAACAUGCUCUAUUUAAAAUGGAAGGGAUGUUUAUUUAUCUGCAUUUAUUUAUUUGAUUAUGAUGUUUAACGCUUUCUUAAAGAGGACCUAAAAAGUGAAAAGUUACAAAAGCAGUCACGUGCUGUGCUAAACUGUUUGACUGGAUGGCUUUAUGAAAAAAAAAAAAACCUAAGUUAAUGAACACUGGAGGACCAUAAGUUUAAACCUUUGUCUAUGUAAUGGAUUUCUCUGUUAUUUUUACACUGUUUUGUUCUCUUUUUGUUUUGGGUGCUUUAAAAUGUGUGGGAUUCAGCCUCUAAUCAGCCUUUUGUGUGUCUGUGAAUGUUACAGAGACAUUACUAUGAUGGGAAAAUGUACUACAGAUUUAUGUAACUUCAGAAAGUAUAUUAAAAAUACAUUAAAAGUAUUUGUUGCAAACAAAAAA